CGGGAGUUGAGGAGUGACAGAGUGUAAGUGUAGUUGACUUGAAGACUACUGAUCAGGAACUGUAUUUGAUACCCUUUCAACCAGUUGCUUCCGCAGGUUUUGGUUAGCUUGAGAAGCCGAGGCAUGCCCGGCCCCUGAAUCUUUUUUAAUGUCUUCUUCAACCAGCUCCGGCUCACACAAAUCCAUCAUCCGCAACAAAGUCUGGUCACAACUCCGUCAAGUGGCAAUCCCGGAUCCACGCUUCCAUUACAACUACUCCUCCUUCAUCGCAGACUUUGGCGGCUCCUCUACAGCGACCGACCUCCUUACCUCCCUUCCUGCGUACAAAAAUGCCGAAAUCCUCUUCGUCGCCCCAGACAAUUGCAUACAAGAGCUCAGGCAUCGUGCGCUGAUAGAUGGCAAAACUGUGCUGGUCACUACAUAUGGCAUACGGAGGGGUUUCUGGCUGCUGGAUCCUCGAGGGAUCCUCGAGAAGAAAUGGGAGAUUGCAAGCAUGCUUGAUGGUAUGGAGAGGGUCGGGCGGCAUGUCAGCUUGGCCGAGAUCAAGAGUUUGCUGAAAAAGAUUGAUCUGAUGGUCACUGGCACCGGUGCUAUCAAUUAUCAGGGUCUGCGGUUCGGGAAAGGUCAUGGAUUCUUCGACUUGGAAUGGGCCAUGCUCUAUUCAAUAGGGGUCAUUGAUGGGAUUACACAGACCGUUGCCCUGGCACAUGAAUGCCAGGUUCUGGAUGAAGAACUCGUGGGCGAGGAAUGGGAUACUGGAUGCGACUUCAUUGUCACCAAUCAGAGAGUCAUCGAGGUCAAUCGGGCCAGCAAGCCAAGUUGCGGAAUACUUUGGCACAAUUUGCAGAGUGAGAUGUUGGCAGACAUCGAGCCUCUGAGGGAGUUGAAGGACAUGCAGUAUGGCAGAGAAUAACUUUAGUCUCGAUAAGCUGGCUGUAGGCGGAGGCAGUGGCACACUCGUGAGUGGCUAUCGCAGCUCUCGAGUUCACCAGUCUAGACCAGAUUUCUUUGACGUGACCGUACUGUUGAUUCAAUUCAUGGUCACCGAAGCCCUUAUCGGUCAACUACAACCUCUUCGUAUCUCUUACUUUGAUCUUCAUUCCACUGUCUUCCUCCCUCAACUCUAUGCUGU